ACUGCCUCCCCCUCCCGCCCUUUCUACCUCUGGGCGGGACCGGCGGGUGAUGAGAUACUCGGGCGGCGACAGUGGAAGGGGCGACGGCAACGGCACCUGCAAUCACAUCCACGACCGUGACCAUGGCCGAGAAUCACCCCCAGAAUAAAGCCAAGCUCAUCUCUGAGACCCGACGGAGGUUCGAAGCUGAGUAUAUAACAGAUAAGUCAGAUAAAUAUGAUCCACGUGAUGUUGAAAGGCUACAACAAGAUGAUAACUGGGUUGAAAGUUACUUACAUUGGAGACACGAUAGUGUAGAUGAAACACUGAAGAUGCUUGAUGAGAGUUUUCAAUGGAGAAAAGAAAUUUCUGUCAAUGACCUUAAUGAAUCCUCCAUUCCCAGAUGGUUAUUGGAAAUGGGUCUUAUUUAUCUCCAUGGUUAUGACAAAGAAGGUAACAAAUUGUUCUGGAUCAGGGUGAAGUAUCAUACAAAAGACCAGAAAACCAUACCGGACAAAAAAAAGCUCAUAGCAUUCUGGUUAGAACGUUAUGCUAAGAGAGAAAAUGGGAAACCUGUAACAGUGAUGUUUGACCUGUCAGAAACUGGAAUAAAUAGCAUCGUAAGCAUUUUUUCAUUCAUUCUAAAUCAUUGUACUAAGUCAUAUUCAAUGAAUUUUUUUCAUCUUUCAGCAAAAAUUGUGAUCUUUGAUAUGCCUUGGUUAAUGAACGCUGCUUUCAAAAUUGUGAAAACCUGGCUUGGUCCAGAAGCAGUAAGUUUGUUGAAGUUUACAAGCAAAAAUGAAGUCCAGGACUAUGUCAGUGUAGAAUACCUGCCUCCACAUAUGGGUGGAACUGAUCCUUUCAAGUAUAGCUAUCCACCACUAGUAGAUGACGACUUCCAGACACCAUUGUGUGAGAAUGGGCCUAUUACCAGUGAGGAUGAAACUUCAAGUAAAGAAGAUAUAGAAAGUGAUGGUAAAGAAACCUUGGAAACAGUUUCUAAUGAAGAACAAACAACUCUUAUUAAAAAGACUAACCCAACUGAAUCUACUUCAAAAACAGAAGAAAAUGAAAAAGUUGAUUCAAAAAUAAAAGCUUUCAAGAAACCAUUGAGUGUGUUUAAAGGACCCUUAUUACACAUCAGCCCAGCAGAAGAACUGUAUUUUGGAAGUACAGAAUCUGGAGAGAAGAAAACUUUAAUAGUGUUGACAAAUGUAACUAAAAAUAUAGUGGCAUUUAAGGUGAGAACAACUGCUCCAGAAAAAUACAGAGUCAAGCCAAGCAACAGCAGCUGUGACCCGGGUGCAUCAGUUGAUAUAGUUGUGUCUCCCCAUGGGGGUUUAACAGUCUCUGCCCAAGACCGUUUCCUGAUAAUGGCUGCAGAAAUGGAACAGUCAUCUGGCACAGGUCCAACAGAAUUGACUCAGUUUUGGAAAGAAGUUCCCAGAAACAAAGUGAUGGAGCAUAGGUUAAGAUGCCAUACUGUUGAGAACAGUAAGCCAAACACUCUUACGUUAAAAGACAAUGCUUUUAACAUGUCAGAUAAAACCAGUGAAGAUAUAUAUCUACAACUCAAUCGUUUACUAGAAAGCAAUAGGAAGCUUGAAGACCAAGUGCAGCACUGUAUCUGGUUCCAGCAGCUGCUGCUUUCCUUAACAGUGCUCUUGCUUGCUUUUGUCAUCUCUUUCUUCUAUUUGCUUUAGAGUUAAAGAAGUGGUACCUGCUAGGAAACACAGCUCCUUCAUCUAUUAGUUGGAAAAAGUAACAGACCCAAAACUUCUCCACCAAGCUACUAAAAGUAUUGCACAUCUGGGCUUCCUAAAAGGAAAUGUGCAGCACCUAUAGGGGAACACAUAUAUGUCUUGAAAAUAAACUGUUAGAAUAAAGAAAUGCUGGAGAAACUGA